AUGGAUUUCCAGAAGAGGAGAGUUCGGUUUCUUGUAAUUAUCUCUGCCAUCAUUCUUCUUAGCAUCACCGGUUCAUCUUAUUAAUUAAUACCAAUCUUGGAGGAAGUGUCUGUAGAGUCAAUUCUUAUUAUGAAAUGGAGAAAAUGGAAUGGAAUCAACAUUUUCAUUGAUGUGAAAUGAAGAUACAAUAGGUUUAUAUAUUAAAUGUAAGGUCUACACUAAAGUGUGUGUACAAGCAUGUAGAGAAUCCUAUUAAAACUAAGCUAUUAACCCGGUAGCUUGUGAUGCAAGGAACUGAUGGAUUCACUUGAUUUUUCUGUUGUGGCUUCAUUCUUAUCAUGCUCUAAUAAUUCUCUCUCCAAAUUGUAUGUGAUAAUAGUUCUUGUAAUGAAGAGUAUAGUAUGAAUAUCUUAAGAUAAAAUCCCUUGUUUUGACCUCAAAAUUUGGCUGCCAGACUGCUUUAGGAGAUGAAAGAUGAAUCUUUCUUUUCUAACAUGGAGUUUGUUGUGUGUAAAUGUUUUAGAUCAAUUGUUAAUUACUAUCCUUGGGUUCUCAUCUUUGACAAUGAAAGCCCUUCAAAAUUAUAAUUUCAGCUUAUGCUCACACAAUGUUUGCUCCAUUCAGCUAAAAAAUGCAGAGAGCUUGUUGGCGAGAAAGCGUCAUCCAAAACUGGGAAGUUUACAUUAUUAAAUUCCUUUGAUCUCGGCUCAGGAACUUUAGCAUGUCUGGUUAAGGAAAGUGUGAAGCUCUAUGUUAACAAUAUUAGAUCUGCUCAUGUUGAAAAAGCAAGGUCUGUUGCAAUCCGGUCUGCUCUUGUUGAUGCUGCUUCGCAGGGUAUGUCGCCAACUGUGGCAGAAAAACAUGCUCAGAAACAAGGUGCCAAAGCGGCUAAAUUGGCUACCCGUAAGGCCAAUCGUAUCAUAGGUCCCAUCGCCUCUUCCGGAUGGGACUUUUUUGAAGCUGUUUACUACGACGGUACCCUUUCAGAAGGAUUCCUCAGGGGAACCGGUACUUUGUUUGGAACUUACGGCGGAGGCUUCAUGGGAGAGCAAAGGCUUGGAAGAUUUGGUUAUCUUGUUGGAAGUCAAUUGGGAAGUUGGAUUGGUGGUAGAAUAGGGAUCAUGCUAUAUGAUGUGGCUAAUGGAGUGCAUUUCAUGGUGCAGUUUGUUAAAUCAGAUUGAAGUUAAAUUCAAGAAACAUAAACUCACUAUCAAGAAAAUUCUUAUACAACUUGAAGUUCUUUUUCUUUUGCACGAAAGUCCUGUUUACGACGGCUUUAGAGGUUUACAUUGUUCAUAGAUUUUGAAUCUAUCUAUUAUAGGUAAGAAAACAUAUGAAGACUCUGAACAAAAAUGGAAAUCAAAAGUUUAUAUCACUGUUAUUCUUAAUUUUCACAUUUUAAUUAAUAAUUGGAUGUAGAUGUGUUCUUAUUCAAUGUAUAUGAGUCAUAUAUAUUUUUAAUCUUCAAA